AUGUUGGACGUAGCCAUCUCCACAGUCCAAAUAGCCAAGCUCCAGGAUCUCAGCCAAGAUUGUAUAGGUGUGGUAUCCCCAGCCCCGGAGCAAGAUGUGGACACUGGGAAGUGGUGUGCAAUGCCACAUGUCCACGGUGCCAUCCUGUGGUUAUGUCACUAUAGUAAAGCAUGUCUUUGUUUUCUCCUCUCUGAAGGCCCUUUUGUCUACUUGUCUUUAGUAGGAAAUGUUGCAAAUUCUGAUGGCUUGAUUGCUACUUUGUGGAAAGAAUAUGGCAAAGCUGAUGCAAGAUGGCUUUAUUCUGAUCCAACCAUUGUUUCUUUGGAAAUUCUGACUGUCAUCCUGGAUGGGUCUCUGGCCUUGUUCCUCAUUUAUGCCAUAGUCAAGGAGAAACAUUAUCGGCAUUUCCUGCAGAUCACCCUGUGCGUGUGCGAAUUGUAUGGCGACUGGAUGACCUUCUUCCCUGAGUGGCUUAUUGGAAGCCCCAACCUCAGCACCAACAACUGGCUCUACUGUUGGGUCUAUCUGGUAUUUUUUAAUGGUGUGUGGGUUCUGAUCCCGGGACUGUUACUAUGGCAGUCGUGGGUAGAACUCAAGAAAAUGCAUCAGAAAGGAACCAGUUCAGGGAAAAAGUUUCAGUGAAUUUUCAAAAUCAUAAACAC